ACCGCCAAAUUCAAAUACGACAAACCCUAAAGUUUCCCGCCAAAGCGCUCCGAAAAACCACCAAAUCGAACCGAAUACAGAACUCCAUCUCGCAGUUCCACAAGCUAGCUAGGUCUCAAGAAGUUCGAAUAUCCCUACACGAUAAGUCCCGAACAACACUGUGAAAUGGUAUAUGCAAAAGUGGGGACGAACCCUAAAUCCAAGGCUAAUCAGACUUCUAAGCUCACGAAGAAUGUGUAUCCGAUCGGUGGCAUCCAAGUGGAAUUCCCAUACCGGCCAUACGGUUCGCAGCUCGCAUUCAUGGGCAGAGUUAUAUCAACCCUUGAUCGAGCCCAGCGGGAGGGCCAUUGCCACGCAUUGCUGGAGUCUCCGACUGGAACUGGGAAGUCGCUUUCGCUUCUGUGUUCGAGUCUCGCUUGGCAGAAGAGCUACAAAUUAAAAAGUCAGGAUGCUAAUUCCUGUCAGUCGAAGCCCGCUCCAGAGGCUGCGACUGAUCCUCUCGCUUUUGGCGGUGGAUUUAUUCCCGAAGUGCAGCCGUCAAUGUCUGUAAAUACGGAGUCAUCUCAUCCAGCGCCAAACAACAAAAGUCAGAAGAAAAAGACAACCCCAACUAUAUACUAUGCCUCGAGGACACAUUCACAGAUAUCACAAGUGAUCCGUGAGUAUAGAAAGACUACUUAUCGAGUGCCCAUGGCAGUGUUGGCAUCAAGGAAACAUUUCUGCACAAAUCCUUAUGUACGAGGGAAAGAGAAUAUAGAUGAAGAAUGCAAACUAUUAUUGAAGGAUCAGGAUGCAGGAUGCUGUGAAUUUAAAAAUGCAAACAAGGUCAAAAGUCAUCCAACCCUUCAGAAAGGAGGUUGUCAUGAGGUUCACGACAUUGAGGAUUUGGUGAAAGUUGGAGAAAUUGUAAAAGGUUGUUCAUAUUAUGCAGCUCGAUCUAUGGCAGAUGAUGCACAGCUGGUGUUUUGCCCAUAUAGCUAUAUUAUCAAUCCAGUUAUUCGAGGAGCAAUGGAUGUAGAUAUUAAGGGUGCCAUUGUGAUCCUUGACGAAGCCCACAAUAUAGAGGAUAUUGCUCGUCAUGCUGGUAGUGUGGAUGUCGAAGAGGAUACUUUAAAUAAAUUGCAGAUGGAAUUAGAUCAACUAUGUCAUACUGAUUCUUUGGUAUACCAGCCACUGUAUGAGAUGACACAGGAUCUCAUAAGUUGGAUUGAUCAGAGGAAGACCACACUACAGAAGCGUGAGUUUCAGCAUUAUGUCACCUGUUGGACCGGCAAUCAUGCUCAAAGAGAGCUCCAAGAAGCUAAUAUAACUCAACAAUGCUUCCCAAUUUUGCUUGAAUGUGCAACGAAGGCAAUUAAAGCAGCUUCAGAUACGGAGUCUGAUACUGCACAUUUGAGUGGCCUGUCAGUGAUAACGCUGGAAGGGUUAUUUUCUUCAUUGACGUAUUUUUUCUCAAGAAAUGGUUGCCACAUGUCAGAUUACCAGCUUGCAUUACAACGCUAUGUUAAAAGAGAUCCUGGAAAAGUUUAUGUUGAAUGGACGCAUACUUUAAGUUUGUGGUGCUUGAAUCCAGCUGUCGUAUUUAGAGACAUCGCCGAUCUUUCGUUAUCAGUUAUCUUAACAUCUGGGACCCUGUCACCUAUGAAUUCCUUUUCAUCUGAACUAGGAGUUCAGUUCGGAACUUCACUGGAAGCUCCUCAUGUAAUUGACGUGGAAUCUCAGGUCUGGCCAGCUAUUAUAUCAACUGGUCCAGGAAACUAUCCACUGAAUGGAAGUUAUAAAACAGCUGAUGGAUAUGCAUUCCAGGAUGCUCUAGGAAAAUCUUUGGAGGAGAUAUUUUUGAUCGCUCCUGGUGGCUGUCUUGUGUUCUUCCCUAGUUACAAGCUGAUGGAGAAACUCCAAAAUCGUUGGUCUGAAACUGGUCAAUGGUCUCGACUGAAUGCAAGGAAGUCCCUUUUUGUUGAGCCAAGAGGAGGAAGUCAAGAGGAUUUUGAUUCCAUUUUGAAAGGUUAUUAUGAUACCAUACGUCUUGGUGAUAACUUUGCAGUCGGGAAGAAGAGACGAGGUAAGAAGGUUAGACCCAAUUACCCGUGUGUGACUGGCUGUGAAAAUCCCAAGGAAGGUGCGGCAUUCUUUGCAGUUUUCCGAGGAAAGGUCUCAGAAGGAAUAGACUUUUCUGAUGAUAAUGCUAGAGUGGUUAUAAUUGUUGGAAUUCCAUUUCCAAAUAUAAACGAUAUUCAAGUUUCAUUAAAAAAGAAGUUCAAUGACACAUAUAAACUGUCCAAAAAUCUUUUAAGUGGAAAUGAGUGGUACUGUCAACAGGCCUUCCGAGCUUUAAAUCAAGCUGCAGGACGUUGUAUUCGACACAAGUUUGACUAUGGUGCCAUAAUCUUAUUAGAUGAGCGUUUCCAGGAAGAGAGGAACAGGACGUACAUUUCAAAGUGGCUAAGAAAAUCUGUUAAACAAUGUGAUAACUUUGAACUGUCAAUGGAGGGGCUGAAAUCCUUUUUCGGCAACAUAAAGGAGCGCAUUAACAAGAGUACAGAAAGUGACUUGCAGAAAUCUGAGAAUGAGGAACACAUCACUUCCACAGACCCUAGUAGUUUUAGAAGAAAAGAGAUUGAGAAACUUGACAAGUUAAAUUAUUGUGGGCAGAAAGUUUAUACAAAAAUAAUGAAGUAUGACUCCCCUUUUUCUCAACUGAAAUCUCAAGGUGACGUUGAAGUUCAAGCUUCUUUUCAGGCUCGUGAGGAUGCUAAAAACUGCAUAAUUGAUCUGGAGUGCUGUGUUGAAGAGGACACGAGGAACCAUGAGUUUCUAUCUAUGACAACCGUCCUCGAAGUUCCAGAUUCACCAAUUGUGCAGGAGACUCCUUGUGUUGAUGUUGGAGGUGUCACUAGUCCAGGAGACUCCAAAGAUGGAAGAUCAAGUUCAACCAUAAUCGAGGCCUAUUCUGAGUUUCCUGAUCAAUUAUCUAUUUAUUCAUUACCUUUAACCAAAUCAAUAAAGUCUACUCUUACGUCCGAAACUUCAAUGCUACAUACUCCUGAAAGAAAUGUUUCUUCAAAUGGCUACAGCUUUGGACCAGAAAUAGAAUCUUCUUUGAAUAUGAGUGUAAAUUCCCAUACCCAGAAAAGGAGGAAGUCUGUGGGUUUAACAAUUGCGAAAUUUGUUCAAGAAGAGUCUGCUGUUGAUCCCAAAACCAAAACUCCCGAAUGCAAUAGUGUGGACAGAGGCUCAAUAAUCAGCAGAAAUUCAAAUAGCCUAAAAGAUAUUAGUUAUGAGAUUCUUCCCACAGAAAAGAAGUCUAAGAGUUCAAAUGUUCCACAACUACUCAAGCUGAAUGACUCCAUUCCUGUUUGUCCGUCUUCUGGCCCUCCUUUGGACAAAACGUUGCAUCUGUCUUGUGUACUUUGUAGAAGCCCAUUGGGCCGUCCGGAAAACCAUUCAUAUGUGACGUGCUCAUUUACAAUGUCAUCAAAAACACACUUAAUAUCUAUAUACAAGGAAAGGUUGAAGCCUCAAACUGCCAAUUCAUCAAGUAUACCAGUUCUUAUGACAGACAUCAUGUUUGUUAACCAGCCGCUCCUAGUUAGGGCUUCAAAAGAUGCAGGAUGUGGUAUCUGGAGCAAGGAGGAUGGUUGUGUAUUCAAUUGUGUCUUUUGCCCCUUCUGCCCUACUGACAAUUGUAUUGGUGUACAGAUCAUGGCAACUGAUGCGUCAAACAUUCAGUUACUUAAUAAGGUGAUGUUUUACUUGGAGUGUUUGGAGAUCCAAGAUCUAGAAGCACAUACAGGAAAGGCUUCACUAAACACGGAGUUAUUACCUGUUAGUAGCUCAGCUAAGAAAAAGUUGGCCGUCUUGGAACCCAUUGAAAAGUUUUCAUACUCCCCUGGCCCGCUAACCUCUGGAGGCUGGAGGUCUACAAAAUUGAAGGCCAGAAGGAAAGCAACGUCAUAGAAAUAUUCAUCAACAUUCUGCAUGGCCUAAUUUAACCACAGUGCUGCAGUAAUGGUAUAAUGCGAGAACUGGCCAUUUUGAUUGUUCAAAUUUACAACUCCAAGGAAUGCAGCUGAGGUGGGAAACAUCGGUGCAUGUCUGGACAGAAGAAUCUCUUAAUCUAUGUUCAUUUGUACUACAAUUGUAAAUUGACUGCAUAUUUAUCUUGAUCAUUUGUUUCCGGGUUGUGAAGCCCUCUGUAUAGUUUCUGCAUGAUUGGGUAUGUCACACUGUCAUGCUGUUUUAGAUAGAAUAGCAUUGUAUUGCCCAAAUUUGUUGUUAAAGAAUCCCCAACCAACGGUAGUUUAAUCUACCUUCCAUGGCCCAUCUAUAAAUAGGGAUUUUGGUGAA